AUGGAUCAAAUAAUUGGUGCAGUGAUAAAUGAAUAUCGAUUCUUAAAGCUAUUAGGAACUGGAUCCAUGGCAGAGUAACAAUUGAAAUUAUUUAAAAAGUGUAUAUCAAGUUUAAGAUGUGACUUCAUAAAUUUAUUAUGCCAUAAAAGUAUAUACUUGUCCUGGCAGUGAUAUAAGAUGCCACAAUGAAGCUAAAAUCUUAGAAAAAUUGAAUCAUCCCAAUAUUAUAACUUUAAGGAAGAAUUAGCAAAUGAAAUUCAAGGUAAGAUUCAAGAUACUAUUCACAGGGGGAUUUAGGAGAUAUUAUAACAUUGGAUUGUUUAAUUUUGGAAUAUUUAGAAAAAGGCGAUUUAUUUGAAUUUAUAGCAAAAACUGGUAAUUUUGGAGAGAGUCUGUGUCGUUAUUACUUUAGGUAACUGACUCAAGUAGUUGAUUUCAUGCAUGGAUAGGGAUUUGUUCAUAGGAAUCUAAAAUUAGAGUCAAUAUUAUUAGAUAGAAAAUUUAAUCUAAAACUAUGCAAUUUUGCCUGUGCUUAAUAUUUAAAUAAAUAUAAAGAUGGUAAAUUGAAAACUAAGGUUGGAACUAAAAGUAUAUAAUAUAUAUAUAUAUAUAUAAAGAUUACCAAGCACCAGAAGUCUUAUAUGGAGCAAUAUAUGAUGGAGUUAAAGCAGAUGUUUUUUCAUUGGGAGUCAUAUUAUUCAUAAUGUAUAAGGGUUAGCCACCAUUUUCGAAAGCUAACUAAUAAGAUGCAUUAUAUAAUUUGAUCAUUUAGGAGAAUUAUAAAUAAUUUUGGGAAAUUCAUUCGUAGAAAAUUGAAUUUUCCUUUGAUUUCAAGUAUUUUAUAAUUUAAUUAAAGGGAACUCUUUUUGGGCAUGGUAAAUCCAAAUCCAGAAAAGAGGUUCAAUAUGGAGGGAGUAAAGAAUUCGAAAUGGUUUGGAGGAGUUUCUAAGACCAUUUAAGAUGCUUUCGAAGAAAUGAUUAAUAGAGAAAAAUAUAUUCUUAAGGUCUGACUU